UUUAUAGUAAGAUUUUAUUUUUUAACUGAUCAAACAAAAAAUAAAAAAAUAUAAAUUUAAAAAGUAAUUUCUUUAAAGAGCAAAUAACAAAAUAUGCUAAUUUUAAAUCCAACAAAACAAUUAAAAUUAAAUACAUUUAAUAUUUAGUCAUUAGAAAUUAAAUUUGAUCAGCAAAGUCUAAGUGAAUAAGAUGCUAAAUUAUUAGGAAAGACAUUAGAAAAAUUAAAAAGCCUCCACAUAUUAAAUAUCGAUUUUGUAAAUUGCUAGCUGAUGUCAUAAUACUGUUUUUCUCUCAUGCUUUCAGGAAUUUUAAAAUGUUAAAACCUCACAUCUUUAUCUAUUAAACUAGAUUAGUAGAACAUGGAAUAAUAAAAGGUGUUCAGUUUAAGUUCUGCUUUAGCUCAGGCUAAAAAUCUAACCUAUUUAAAAAUCUUUAUGCAGGACCAUAAUUUUAAUAGAUAAGGAGCUUCUUAGUUAGGUUAAGCUUUAGAAAACCUAAAAAAUUUGAAAUAAUUAACCCUUGAUUUAAGCUAAUAAAAAGAAAAAGGGUAAUAUAAACUUGGCUAAAUAGGAGAUUAAGGAUUAUCAGAUUUAUCAAAAAGUAUAUCCUAAUGCCCAAACAUUGAAGAGUUUGAAUUAAAUUUAUUGAACAAUCAUAUUUUAAGAAAGGGAGUAUGCAAUUUAGGUGGAGCAAUAGCUCAACUUAAGAGAAUUAGAAAAUUAAAUUUAUAAUUAGCUUUAAAUACUCUAGGAGACGAAGGAGUCAUGGGCUUUUGUCGUGAAUUAUAAAUAUGUUAGAGUCUAUAAAUUUUACACAUAAACUUAAUGUAAAAUGAAAUUGAAGAAGGUUACAUAGAAAUAGGCACUUUAUUAGGACAAAUCGAAAAUCUUUAUGAGAUCGAUAUAAAUUUUAUGUAAAUUUAUUAAUAAACCUACAAAAAUAUAUCUUUAAAUAUAAAAGGGGAAAUAACUAUUUUAUAAAGACUUUAGGAUUAAUGUGUAAAGGAUUAGGAAAAAGUAAAAGUUUGGUCUCAAUAAAAUUAAUUUUUUACAACCCUUACAAAAAAUUUCCAUAUGAUGACUACCGUUAUAUCGAUAAUGAGGCUAUUUUAAGAAGAGCCUUGCAACUCAAGUUGCAAAAAACUAAACGCUUAGUUUCAUUCACUUUGGAUCUUAAAAAGCCAUGAAAUUUAUUUUAACUCUAUUAAUUGUCUUUUAUAAAGCUUAAAUUUUUUGAUUUGUUUUAACUUAAAAUAAUUAAUUAAUUUAAAUGUUUGUUAUUAUUGUAAUACUUAUUUUAAAAAUAGCAAUUAUUAAUUAUUUAAAUAUAAAAUUUACUAAUUAAUUAAGUAAAAUUUUUUAGGAAUUUGUAAUAAUACAUUUAAAUUAAAAUAUUUCUUUUUUAAAUGA